AUGCCCAAAAGAAAAUUCAUUCAACUCAUUUCAAAGAAAGGUUCUUGCCAUUUCACGUAUAUUAAAGAUAAACUGCGCGAGGCUGCAGACUGUGGCGUGACCCAUUGUUGUCUGCUCUGUGUGACAUGUUUCACUUUACUUUCACUGGCAGUACCCGUUGAAAACAUGAAAGUAUAUCCAGCGAUUCUCGGUGAGCGAAGUUCCACAAAGAAAGUAUUAUUGAAGAUUCGGGAGGACCUUGUUCUAAACCUCGAGAGGAGUUCUGUUUUUUCUAACACUUUCCAGUUCAUAACACAUACUGGGGAGUCUAAAAUCACCCACCACAUAAAUGCGUCAGAUAUAGAGGGAAAACUGUAUCAUGACACCGAGAAAGACGCUGCUAUCAUGAUAACUCAUGAUGAUGAUGGACUUCGUGUUGAAGGGAUCUUAAGUGACACCUUGCGGAUAAGGCCAUCAUAUGUGUCCGGGCGGAAUGCAGAUGGACACAUAGCCCAGGAAAUAUUCUAUGUUUCACUGCGACAUUCAGGAGAAGACGACGCAGUUAAAUCCCAAGACGCCAGCACUUCCUGGAGUAGGUCCAUCACAACUCAGUCAAAAUCUCGCUCCGGUAUCUACGCCACAGUUUCUCCAGAAGUCCAUGUUUUGAUCGAUAGCGCUCACACCAAAAACUUUAAAACCCCGACCAAAAUAAUGGAGUACAUAGCCAUCUUCAUUGCCUGUGUAAAUUUAAAAUUUCGGACACUAUUAUACGUGGACGUGCAAAUCGUCGUGACCAAGAUCACAACUUUCCACGAUAAUAUGGAGCCUUUUAUUGUGAGAUCCGAGGCACAUCCAACUAUAAUGAUGGGUGAAACGCUGUGGAACUUCAGCAAUUACGUGAAAGAGAUCGAUGAAACUAUAAGCGACGACAUGGCAGUACUGUUGACUGGAAUGGAUAUAGCCUAUGUGAAUAUCCAUACAGGCACUGUUUACGGCCAAGGCACCAGUGGGCUGGCAAAUCCUGGAGGUGCGUGCGGUUUGUGGACAAGAGGAGCUCUCGUUGAAGACGUGGCAAAGACGUUCGACGGAGUCACCACCUUUGCCCACGAAUGCGGACACCUACUGGGAAUGUCUCACGAUGGGUCGCCACCACCGAAACCCGGUCCCGGAGUCCCUAACUGCCCCGCCGAAGAAAGAUAUAUCAUGAGCCCUUUUGCUGACUACAAAAGUAAAUACAAGUUUUCCUACUGCAGCGCCGUGCAGCUGUACACAUUUGUGAGCGAUCCAACCCGGACGUGCCUACAAAAUGUACCCGAUAGACAUGCUGCGAAAGUCACGCUAGAGAGAUUGAAGAAAGCGCUUGUUUCACCUCAGAAAUUGUGUAAAUUGGAAUAUCCGAACCACCCAGUAAUACACUAUGUUGAGACAAAUUCUCAACUAAAUCCGGCCCUCGGUAUGGCCACGUGCCACGUUGUUUGCCAUGUGCCAGAAAAGGGGCACUUAACCAGUAUUGCUCCCGACGGCAUGCCCUGCGAUAAGAACGACCCAAACAAAGUCUGCAUCAACAAGGAAUGCGUAACUUUUCCCCCGGAUAUCACUACAAUAACAAAAAGGCCACAGAAGCCAAACUAA